GAGAGAGGAAGAGAGAGAGAGAGAGAGAGACAGAGGAAGUAUGGAGGGAUCAUCAUCAUCAUUGGAGGAGGAGGAAGAGGAGAACCUGCCUCUGAGUCUCAGAUCAUUUUCAGUCACAGGAACCUGAAGAGGAGUCAUGAUGUCUGAUCCCAGGGUGUCCUCUGUCAUCCAGGAGUGGGCGAACUCGUACCCGGGCCAGGCUCACACCCUGAGCGCUGUUGGCUCUGGCCAGGCCGGAUCCACCGGUCAGCUGGGUCAGAUGGACAUGAUACCGUACAGCCAGUCUCAGGGAAUGAUGAGGGGGGGCGGCGAGGACAGAGCGGCCGAGCAGAUGAUGGGACUGUCGUACCUGCCUUACGCUGCGUCCUGUCUCAGCAACGCCUCGAGCGCGGCGAGCACAAACCACCACCAGAGCCACGCCAACCCUCAGCAGGACUUCUCUCCCUUCCUCCUGCCAACUCUGAGGGCACCCGUCACCAAGAGGAGCAUCAGUAAGGACAGCGCGGAGUACCGGCUGAGACGGGAGAGGAACAACAUCGCCGUGAGGAAGAGCCGGGACAAGGCCCGCAGGAGGAUCCUGCUGACCCAGCAGAGAGCGCUGCAGCUGCAGGAGGAGAACCAGAAGCUGCAGAUGAGGAUCGGACAGCUGACGCAGGAGCUGGACACUCUCAAACACAUCCUGUCCCAGCGACACCUGCAGGGAGCAGAGGAGGGAGCGGCAGGGGAGUCCAGUAUCUGAGCGCGGUCCAGUACUCCCUCCCAUUAACACCAGUUCCAGGCACCACGUCCACUGUUAGUGUGUAACAUUGCUCCAGCUCUCACAGAUGUGAAGAGAGAAAGGACGACGCAGUGGACGGACACACCGAGUCCUGCUAACGUUAGAGCACAUAAACGCUGUUCAGUCCAUUCCUUACACUUUUGCUCUUGUGUUUUGCUUUUGUGAAAACUAAACAGACCCCACCCUAAACAGACCCCACCCUAAACAGACCCCACCCUAAACAGACCCCACCCUCCAGACUCUUCAUACACAGAACUGUUUCUUUUGGAAACUCAGAUACAAAACUUAACCACCAGAAGCCAAAGCUCGACAGGCCGACUCGUCCUCGUUACAGAUGCUGUGAUCAGACUGUUGCUGUUUGUAAAGAAAAAUUUUAAUCACAUUUAAAGACAAUACAGCCGUUAGCAGUUAGCAGUUAGCUGAAGGAAUGAAAUGUAAAUUAGAACUAAUGUGUGAGUCUUAGUUUUGCGGAUGUUUGUGGGUAUUUCUGAACUGUGACCCUGUAAACUGGAACUUUGAGGAAAUGAAUUAAACACCUGAACUUUUUCACCUUGAAUUACUGUCACUGUUCUGCUGUGUAUCCUGCCGGCAGCUGUGUAGAUGCUGUUACUGUAAAUAAACUGUGAACGCAGCGUCCUGAGAUCACACAGGACUGAGGCUCAGCCUGAGCAGCAACAAAUUUAGGUUCUGUGAAAAAUGACUCUGAUUAAAGAGAAAAUGAAAAUAUUGGACCAGCAGGUGCUCACAGUCCUGUCUGUAAAUUCUAAAUGUGGCUCUUGAAGACAUUUGAUUUGAUUUAACAAACAUUGCCUAAUCACCUGCCUGAUGCUUCUUGUCGUCAGAGAUGAUUGUAAGUGUUGUUGGCCAACGCAGUUUCUCAACAGCCUGUGGUCUGAGGAGGAUUCACUGAAAUCGAAGCCUCCUUCUCUGUUUAAUACUCUAAGUGAGUGUGGGAUUUACUUGAAAUGAUUUUGACACAGUUUGUAAAGAUUUCAUCCUUAAUGCUGUUCAGUGUGUUCGAGGAAUUUAUGGUAAAUCAACACUUUGUCAAAGAUUUUCUUAAA